GUGGGGCCGGCCCGGCGCCCGCCGGAGGAGACGCGGAGGGGAACAGGGGACCUGUUGCUCCCAAGGCCCAGUCCGGGCCUGUCUGCGGAGCCCCGGCAGCGGCAGCGCUCCCCCGGCCGACCUAGGGAGCCCCCGGGCCCCCCGCCGUCCUCCCGCGGCCGCGCAGGAGCCCCGGGGCGCCGGGCGCCGCCAGCGCCGCCAUGGAAGAGGGGGACCGGGACGAGCGGUUCCUCUACAUGAUCUCCUGCUUCAGGUCGCGGCUGAAGCAGUUCAUCCAGGUGCAGCCCGUGCUGGACCAGCUCCCCUCGCUGAGCGCGGAGGAGAGGGAGAAGGUGCGGGCGGCCGCCCUGCAGCGAGGCGGGGUGGCGGGGGCCGAGGAGCUUCUGCGGGCCGUGGAGCGGGGGCCCCGCGGCUGCGGCUGGUUCCACGAGUUUCUGCAGGCGCUGGAGCACGGCGGCUGUAGCCUGGCCGCCUGCUACGCCAACCCCAGCCUCAGCCAGCUGCCCUCGCCGGCCGAAGAGGCCGACCACGACCUCUGUGUGCACCUGGUGCAGCUGCUCCACAGCACGCUGGUGGACAGGAUGCGGACCGUGCAGGUGGCCGAGAAGUGCCUGGAAAUGGGCAUCUUCAAGGAGGAGGACCUGGAUCGGAUCCACACUGUUACUGACAAUCGUGGGAACAGAGAGGGUGCAAGGGAGCUUCUGAGCAGAAUAGUGCAGAAGAAAGAUUGGUUCUCUCCUUUUCUGAUUGCUCUCCGUGAAACCCAACAUGGAGACCUGGCAAAUGAUUUAAGUGGAAAUACAGGAGGAACGGAGAAUAGACAAAAUGAGCUGAAGAACAGUACAAAUGAAGAAACAGAAAUUACAAGCCAACCAGGAUAUGUCAUAAUGGAGGAUUUGAAACAGCAAGAAAAUGUGAAUGAUAGUUUCAUCAGUGAGAGCAGUGUAUUGGAAACAUCCAUGGGAGAGAAUUCUGUAGAUUCAGAGUCAGAUGUCUCCAUAGGAGAUGGAAGUGUCCGUAACUUCAGUGAAAACCUGGGCCAGAGCUGCACAACCAGUGAUUCAGAUGAAGAUGAAGAGGAGAGGAGAGCUUCACCUGAGCCAGAUCUGACUCUGAGAGAUUACCAGAUGGAAGUUGCAAAGCCAGCACUAAAUGGGGAAAAUAUUAUAAUAUGUCUCCCUACAGGCACUGGUAAAACCAGAGUGGCUGUUUACAUUACCAAAGAUCACUUGGAUAAGAAGAAAAGAGCAUCAGAGCCUGGAAAAGUCAUAGUACUUGUUAAUAAGGUACCACUGGUACAACAGCAUUUAGAAUCAGAGUUUCAUCCAUUCCUGAAGCGUUGGUAUCAGGUUAUUGGUUUAAGUGGUGAUUCUCAACUGAAAAUCUCAUUUCCUGAAGUUGUCAGAAGAAAUGAUGUCAUCAUCAGUACAGCACAAAUCCUUGAGAAUUCACUGAUAAAUGCAGACAAAGAAGAUGAAGAAGGUGUCCACUUAUCAGACUUUUCCCUUAUCAUUAUUGAUGAGUGUCAUCACACUCAGAAGGAAGGUGUCUACAACAAUAUAAUGCGUCGUUACUUAAAAGAAAAGAUGAAGAACAGGAAGCUGGCAAAAGAAAACAAACCACUGAUCCCACAACCUCAGAUUCUGGGACUUACAGCCUCACCUGGUGUAGGAGGUGCAAAAUCGUACUCAAAAGCUGAAGACCAUAUUCUGAAAAUCUGUGCCAAUCUUGAUGCAUGUAGAAUUAUGACUGUUGAAGAGCAUGAGGACCAGUUAAAGAAUCAGGUGAAGGAGCCGUCCAAGAAGACUGUGGUUGCAAAUGACAAAAAAAGGGAUCCAUUUAGAGAGGAAAUUACUGAGAUCAUGACAGAAAUACAAAACUAUUGCCAGUUCCAUCCAAAAUCUGAGUUUGGAACUCAGACAUAUGAACAGUGGGUGAUCAGAGAAGAGAGAAGAGCUGCAAAAGAAGAAAAACGCAAGGAACGUGUCUGUGCAGAACACUUGAAGAAAUACAAUGAUGCUCUCCUGAUAAAUGACAGUAUCCGAAUGGUGGAUGCAUACAAUCACCUAAAUAACUUUUAUAAGGAGGAGAAAAGUAAAAAGACAGUAAGGAGUGAUGACGAUGAUGAUGAUGAUGAACCAGCUGUAUCAAAACAGGAUGAAACAGAUGAAUUUCUAAUAGGUUUAUUUCAUACAAAAAAGAAGUUGCUGAAAAAGUUGGCUGGAAAGCCAGAACAUGAAAAUGAGAAUCUAAUACAGUUGAGAAAUACUUUAAUGGAGGAGUUCACGAAGACUGAGGAACCUAGAGGAAUUAUUUUCACAAAGACUCGUCUAAGUGCCUUUGCUCUAUUCCAGUGGAUUCAAGACAACCCAAAAUUUAAAGAAGUGGGAAUUAAGGCCCAUUAUCUUAUCGGCUCUGGACAUAACAGUGAAAUGAAACCCAUGACUCAGAAUGAGCAAAGGGAAGUUAUUGAUAAAUUCCGAUGUGGAAAUGUAAAUUUACUUAUUGCUACUACUGUAGCUGAGGAAGGCUUGGACAUCAAAGAGUGUAACAUCGUUAUUCGCUAUGGCCUUGUCACUAAUGAAAUUGCUAUGGUGCAGGCUCGUGGUCGAGCUCGAGCUGAUGAGAGCACCUAUGCUCUUGUGGCUCCGAGUGGCUCAGGAGCUGUUGAACGUGAAGAUGUUAAUAUUUUCCGUGAGAAAAUGAUGUAUAAGGCCAUUCAGCGUGUCCAGAAGAUGCCACAGGAAGAGUAUUUAAAUAAGAUUCAGAAAUUCCAGUUGCAAAGUAUAGUGGAAAAACAAAUGAAGGCAAAGAAAGAUCAGCGCAAGACAUACAAGAAAAAUCCUUCACUAAUAACAUUCUUAUGCAAAAAUUGCCACAAAACGAUAUGUUCUGGAGAAGACAUACAAGUUAUUGAGUACAUGCAUCAUGUCAGUGUGAAAAAAGAUUUCCAAAACCUUUACCAUACAAGAGAAAAUAAGACACUGCAAGAUAAGCAUGCCGAUUACCAGACAAAUGGGGAAAUUAUAUGUAAAGAUUGUGGACAAGCUUGGGGAAAUAUGAUGGUUCACCGAGGCCUUGACCUACCUUGUCUGAAGAUUAGAAAUUUUGUGGUUGUGUUUGCAGACAAGAAAACAACAAAGCAAAUUUUUAAGAAAUGGGGAGAACUGCCCGUCAGGUUUCCUGAUUUUGAUUAUGCAGCUCACUGUCCUUCAAGUGAUGAAGAUUAAGGCCUUAGAAUGAAAAUAAAAGCCCUUUUCAACUUUCUCUGUUCAUUAGAAGUUCCUGUGUCCUACAGGGAGUGCUGCAUUGUAAACAGUGUGAGAGCUCCUGGGCAUGAGGAAACUGUCUUUAAGAGGAAAAGAAAAACAAGGAAAGAGAAGGACAAAGUCACACAGCUACAGGCUGCAUUUAGAUUUGCAGUGGUACUCCUGGAUAAAGAUGAACAAAUGCAUUGCAGUCAUGUGUAUCCAUGGAACAAACUCCUGUCUCUUCAUUACAGAGUGACAGUACUUCAAAAGUGUAUUAGAUGACCUGUUGUCAAUCCCAGAACACUGAAAAGACAGCUUGAGAUGUGCCAUGGUGAUUAUUUUAUGGUUUUCUUCCUUUUGAAGAUAAAGUAUCUCAAAAGAGGAGCCAUGUAAAAGGGAACAGAUUACCCAAGGGUUACUUCUCAAUCGCUGUUACUUUGUCAGUGUUUUCCUGACUGAAUUCUUCCCCUCAUAUACUUAGCUGUAAGUUUACACAUUUUGACAGACUGAAAUUAAGUUUCCUUUAAAAGACAUUUCAAAAAAUCAAGCCUUUUACCUGAAAUUGAUCAAUUUAAUGUACGAGAAGCACAUUGCCAAAGUGACUUUCUGUGUGUUAUUUCAUAGGAUUGUUAGACUGGCUACAUAAUGAUGUAUGGGUUUUUUUCAAUAAAUUACUAUAAUUACCUUUGCCAACUCUCAUACUGUUUAUUCUCUUCCACUGGAAGUAUUUUGACAAUACUAAUACCAUGGUUCCACCCUAGAAAUUUAAAGGGUAUUGGUAUUCUGACUGCAAAAAUAGCAUAAUCUGCCUUUGUAUUUAUCUCAUGGACAGAUUCCCCAGCCUACUCCCCCAUAUUUGUAAGUAUGAUAUUGGACAGUGGAAGGAAGAUUUGUUGUUACAACAGUCAGCUUUGCAAAUUCAGGAUAAAGUGGUAUGUAUAUUGGCAAGGACAUGUAAACACUUCAGUAGUCCCAGGUAAAAUUUGUAAGUUAGAACACAGUUGAAAAGUAUAUCCCAACCAAAAAAAGAAUCUUAUUAUGUCUAGAUCUGUAAUUGCUCUGCAUUUUUAAAAGUGAUAUAAAUACUGUACAGUUUUUAAAAUCAGAUUUGAUUUCAGGUUUGCAUCAGAACCAGAUUUGGGGUGGGUUUGUGGGGUUUUUUUUCAUAUUUCUGGCCUUGCUUCAGGUGGGGGGAGAAAAAGCCAAAUUUCUGACUGUGAAGAGCAGUACAUUUCAG